ACUAAUAGCUCUUCAAGUCUGCAAUAAAAAAUGGCCUCCAAUAAAACUACAUUGCAAAAAAUGGGAAAGAAACAGAAUGGGAAGAGUAAAAAAGUUGAAGAGGCAGAACCUGAAGAAUUUGUAGUAGAAAAAGUACUGGACCGAUGUGUAGUGAAUGGGAAGGUGGAGUAUUUCCUGAAGUGGAAGGGAUUUACAGAUGCAGACAAUACUUGGGAACCUGAAGAAAAUUUAGAUUGUCCAGAGUUAAUUGAAGCAUUUCUUAAUUCUCAAAAAGCUGGUAAAGAAAAAGAUGGAACAAAAAGAAAAUCUUUACCUGACAGUGAAUCUGAUGAUAGCAAAUCAAAGAAGAAAAGAGAUGCUGCUGAUAAACCAAGAGGUUUUGCCAGAGGUCUUGAACCAGAACGAAUAAUUGGUGCCACAGACAGCAGUGGAGAAUUGAUGUUUCUCAUGAAAUGGAAGGAUUCAGAUGAACCAGACUUGGUGCCGGUAAAGGAGGCAAAUAUGAAGUGUCCUCAAAUUGUAAUUGCUUUUUAUGAAGAGAGACUAACUUGGCAUUCUUGUCCAGAUGAUGAAGUUCAAUAA